AUGACUGGGCAUAAGCCUAAAGAUUGGAAUAAAUGGUUGUCAUUAGCUGAAUUUUGGUACAAUAGCAACUACCAUACCACUCUGAAAAUGACUCCUUUCAAGGUAGUAUAUGGAUAUGAUCCUCCACAGUUAUUUUUGAAGUCAUUGCUCAAUCCAAGGUUGAUGUUGUUGACCAGAUUCUCAGAGAAAGACAGAUCAUGGCUAAAGAAAAGUCUCAAACUAGCUUCCAAGUUCUAUGGACCUUAUAAGGUUAUUCAGAAGAUUGGACCAGUGGCAUACAAAUUAGCACUUCCCACAAUUGCUAGAAUUCACCCUGUUUUUCACAUAUCUCAACUAAAGAAGAAAAUUGGAAAUCAUAUAAUUCCUGGAGUCGAUCCUCCUAUCUGUUCUUCUGAAGGGCAACCUUUGGUGGAACCUGUUGCUAUAUUAGACAUAAGAAUGAUCAAGAAGGGCAAUAGAGCAAUCACUCAAAUUCUGGUACAAUGGGCCAACUUAAUGCAGAAAAAGCAACUUGGGAGGAUUACCACUUUAUCAAGUCUCAAUUUCCAGCAAUAG